AGCAAGCAGCAAGUUUUGGAUCCACCUAGUACAGCCUCCUGCUGUGAGGGACAAUCUUCCUUACUGGUGCCACCACCCUUGCACCAGUGACACCGCAACAGCAUGGUGCUCCUCGCACCAAAUUCCGCUGGUCCCAGGACUYUGCUAGCCCAGGAAUGUGCCGUGGCUAUGGGGACGUUGUGCCGACAUGCCUAGCACAGGUGAUGUGGGCAAUAAAAUGCCGGCUGCCACUGGAGCAGCCAGAGCCGUGUGUCACCCCGGGUACCAGCAAAACCGGAGUUGGGCUGAUCCUGAUAAUCCCCGGGUAAAAAGUCCAGGGCAGUGUUUGUUUACCAAGCACGCAGCCACAAGGAUCGGCUGCGUGUCUGUGUCCCCGCGCAGCGCCUGGGAUGACUCCUUAGACCGUGGCGACAGCGCUGCCGGAACAGCCAAGCCGGCGGCCGGGAGCCAGCCGAGCUCUGGCUUCCUUUUCCCGGCCCGUGGGAGGAGUGACGGAGGRGGAGGCCCCGCUCCGGACGCUGCGUACCGUGGAGCCAGGCCGCGGUCCGGCCUCGCGGGUCGGGGUCCCCCGGCAGAGUCCCUCGCCCGGCUCCGUGCCUGCCGCCAGCCUUCCCUGGGCUGCUCCUCCCCCGGCCGCAGGUCGGUUAAGGUGUUCCCCGCGCUGCCACCACGCAGCAGAGGCCCGGUGGUGCAGUACAGCAUGGCAAAGAAGGUGGCCAUCAUCGGCGGGGGCAGCAGCGGGCUGUGCGCCAUCAAAGCCUGCCUGCAGGAGGGGCUGGAGCCCGUCUGCUUCGAGAGGACCGGAGACAUCGGAGGCCUCUGGAGGUUUGAGGAGAACCCCGAGGAUGGCCGUGCCAGCAUCUACCGCUCCGUCAUCAUCAACACCUCCAAGGAGAUGAUGUGCUUCAGUGACUACCCCAUCCCUGAGGACUUCCCCAACUACAUGCACAACUCCAAGAUCAUGGAGUAUUUCCGCAUGUACGCCCAGCACUUCGACCUACUGCGCCACAUCCGCUUCAGGACCAGCGUGUGCCGUGUGUCCAAGCGCCCCGACUUUGCCAGCAGCGGGCAGUGGGAGGUGGUGACGGAGAGCGAGGGGAAGCAGGAGAUGGCCGUCUUCGACGCUGUGCUGGUGUGCAGUGGGCACCACACCGACGCACAUCUCCCGCUCAGUUCCUUCCCAGGGCUGGAAAAGUUUGAGGGAUGGUACCUGCACAGCCGGGACUACAAGAACCCACAGUCCUUUUUGGGAAAGCGGGUGGUCGUGGUUGGCAUCGGGAAUUCAGGCAUCGAUAUUGCAGUGGAGCUGAGCAACGUAGCCAAGCAGGUUUUCCUCAGCACCAAGCGUGGCUCCUGGGUGCUGCACCGGGUGGCAGACAGUGGGUACCCUUUUGACUUCACCUACAUCAGUCGCUUCAAGCAGCUCCUGCAGAACCUGCUGCCUCCAAAUGUCGUCAAUUUUUUCCUUGAGAGGAAGCUGAAUGCCCGCUUUGACCACACGCUCUACGGCCUAAAGCCCAAGCACCGGUGAGUGCCCCAGCAGCACCACAGGUACCUGAUCC